AUGUCUCUGUUUGACAACCUUUUUACCACGGAGGAGGAGCCUCCAAAACCGAAAACUACAAUCGAGUACACACGGAAAAAUGGAGAGGUGAUCCUGGUGACGCUUGUGGGAUCGUCGCCGUUGUAUGGUCAUAUCCUGACCAAUGCAUGCAAAUCGCUAGCCAAACAAUUGGAGAACAGCCCCCAGUUGGUGGUUGGGCGCACGGUGCUGGAGUUUGGAGCCGGCGGAGCGCUGCCGUCACUGCUGUGCGCCAAGUUGGGCGCAAAGAAAGUUCUCGCCACAGACUAUCCAGACCCCGACCUCGUAGCAAACAUACAGCAUAACAUUGAACAAAAUAAAUUACAUAACUGUGUUGCCAAGGGCUACAUAUGGGGGAACGACGUGGAAGAACUGACGCAGGAACUGCCUGAAGGUCAUGAAACCUUCGACGUGCUUCUGUUGAGCGACGUGAUCUUCAAUCAUACAGAACAAAGAAAGCUCCUGCAGAGCUGCAAGCUGCUGGUGACGCCUCGGACGGGCCGUGUGCUCGUCCCAUUCUCGCCUCACCGGCCCAAGCUGCUUGCCGCGGACCUCAAUUUCUUUGAGCUAGCCAAAGAGUGCGGAUUCGAGGUUUUCGACGACGGAAUCGAGACGUGGUCCCCGCUGUUCAAGGACGACAAGGACGAGGCCACGGCAGAGCUGCGCAGCCGCGUGUACAGGUACUCGAUGCGGCUGGUGCGAGGUGUAGACGAGGAAUAA